ACUCUGCGUUGAGAAGAAGCUUUUACUUACCAAACCAAGUAGAUGUCCAUUUCCCGAUUGCGGAAAGAAUGUUGAUAUUAUGGAUCCAAAUUUUACUAGGAGCAAACUGAAUGAUUCACCAUCAUCUCAAUCAAGUGGAACUUCGGCCUUAUCCAAUUUUAUGA